AUGAAAUACGAAAAAACAUUAGAAAAAAUUAAAAAAGAAGUUAGCUGUGUAGCUGCAGUAGGUGUCUGCGUUGUCAGUGCUGGAGCUGCUACUCCUUUUAUAGCCGCUACUGAUAAAGAAAGUAUGGAAAGAGAAAAGUUGUUGAUGCAAGACCAACGAUAUAAGGAUGCUAAGAAUGAAUUGGAUACACAAAUAAAUGCUAACAACCAAACUCAAAAUCAAAUACGGGAUAUUGAAGGAAAAUUGAAUGGCACUAUUCCUCGACAACCCAAUGAAACUGAUGAAUACUUAAAUGCUCAGUUAGCGAUACUAACAAACAAUCUCAGAAAUGGCGAAAGUAGGUUAGAAAGUCUAAGCAACGAAUUAGAUAAGUUAAGAAAGAGUUUGGGAGGUAAUAGUAAUCUAAUGAGUUUGCUGGGAUUAGAUAAAUUGUCUUUUACUGAUAAGAAUAAUAAUUGUUAA